CAAAACAAAAAAAUUUAUAGAGAAGAAUGGAAAUGUUUUACAUUUUUGGUAUUAAUUAAUAGCUGGCUUAAUAGAAGACAGCUGGAAUCUCACACCUGCUUCCACAUUUUCUCUGUUCCCAGAUCACACAUCAUGUAGCCUCUGGAAAACUCCUUGUAUGCUUGUAAGAGAAUGAGAGUGAAUAAGCUCAAUAAUAUCUUAUAAUUAUUAUGAAAAUAAUUAUUAACUUUACAGACCCACCCAUCAGUGUCUCAGGGAACCUCAGGGGUCCCUGGACCACACUUUGAGAACUGCUACUGAAUAUUGAUCUUCUAUGUGACUAUACGACCGUUCAUAUAGCCUUUCUACUGUGGAUGUGUGAAUGGGAUUUGGGGCCCGUAAUAAACAUUGUUAAUACAUAAUCAUCAGAGAGAGGUUCCCUAGAUUGCACAUUUCCUUACUGUUAAUACAUGUCUUGCACCUUAUCACACAACUGUCCACUUCCUUUUCUUCCCAGCUGGAAUUCACCACCUCCCUUUCCUCUGUUCACAUUCUAACCAUCCCACAAGUCUGGUACGUGGCUUUCUCCAUGGCACCUGCCUUGGUGGCCCCAGCCCACCCUAGACUCCUCCUUCUUUGGACCCUUCCCUGAGUGAAUUCUCAAGCUUAUUCUCCUGAGUCGUAGAAUGUGGUUCAGACAGCACCUCUGGAAUUGUGUAGCUUUUGGUGUACUCUGAUUGAAAUUUGAGUCUUCUCACCAAAGAAACCUUAAGGGUCGGAGAGUUUAGAAAUGGGCCUCCUGUAUCUUUUCCAUCUUCUUUGUAAUAUAACACAAACAGGUGCUUGGAUGCCUGCCUAAAUUAGCCUAGCUCAGGACCCUGGAAACUGCCAGGACCACUUAGAGAUGUCAGAAUUCACUGGUGCUUGUCAGCUACAUUCCUACGUGGGAAUGGGUGUGUCUGAGGGUGACUCUGUUUGUUGUUUUAGGAGCUGGUGACAUUCAAGGAUGUGGCUGUGGACUUUACCCAGGAGGAGUGGGAGCAUCUGGACCCCUCUCAGAGGCACCUGCACAGACAAGUGAUGUUGGAGAACUAUGGGAAUCUCAUCUCCUUGGGCUUCAGACGACCUUCACGAAUACCAGGGGCUAAGAUGUGACUUGUGGGAGGGUUCUUGUCCACAUCGCAGUGCCCUAAUCCUUGGGUCUCUCCCCUCAAGCGGGGCAUUUGCUGCCCAAGCCAGAAAUGACCUUCCAUUUUGAACAAGAAGAUGAUGUGUGGGUGGAAGAAGAAAUAUCAAGACGCUCCUAUUCAGAGCCCUCCCAACGUACAGAGCGUUCCAGAGUCUUCACCUCGGGAUCUGCCCUGAGAAGGCACAAGAAGGAGCACAGGGGAAAGAAGCCUCACACAUGCGAGGAACGUGGGAAGCACUUCAGCCGCAGCUCCAACCCGCCCAUCCACCGGCGAGGACACACAGGCGAGAAGCCCUUCUGCUGCUGUGACUGCGGCAAGGACUUCAGCCGCAGGGCAGCCCUGCAGAUCCACCAGAGCGUCCACACAGGAAGGAAGCCGCAUGCCUGUGAGGUGUGUGACCGGGGCUUCACCUCACGCUCAGCACUGGCACGGCACCAGCAGGACCAUGCAGGGGACAAGGCCUAUGUGUGUGACGCGUGUGGCCGGGGCUGCAGCCUCUACCUGCACCAGUGUGUCCACACUGGGGAGAGGCCGUUCCACUGUGAGGCCUGUGGCAUGCGCUUCAGCUGGAGCAAGGACCUGGGCAUCCACUGGAGGGUCCACACAGGAGAGCGGCCCUACAGGUGUGGGGCUUGUGGGAGGAACUUCAGGCAUCACUCGGCCCUCGAGAGGCACCAGAGGGUCCACACAGGAGAGAAGCCCUAUCCCUGUGCUGUGUGUGGGAAGGGGUUUAGUCAGAGAGGCCACUUGCGGACACACCAGAAGGUGCACUGUAGGGAGAGGCUGCCCAAAUUGGGCUCCAUUCAUGCAGGUACCUUCCAGAGCCAGGGGGAAUGCCAGGGCAUGGGUGCUGAGGUGCACGGCAUGGCUCAGGCAUAAUGGUCUAUGGCAUUUGUGAGUGUGUAUACACAAAAGAGCACAGAUCACAAGGGUGCAGGUUGAUGAAUUGUCACAAAGUGAAGACACCUGUGUCCACACUUGGAUGGAGAAACAAAACAUUUCCAUCUCUCCCGAAAGACCUCUGCAUUCGCCUGUCCAUUCUCUACCCAACAAGGGAAUUACUCUCCUGCCUUCUAAAGCCUUAGUUUUACGAGUUCUAGACUAUCAUAUAAGUGGAAUUACACACUAUGUAAUAUUUCGUGUAGGACUUUGCUCAACAUCUGUAAGAAUCAUCCAUGUUGUGUGUAUUCAGAAGUUCAUUCAUUUUGUCACUGAGUAGUAUUCCUCUGUAUGGAUGAACCACUGUUUGUCCAUUCAGCUGUAGAGGGACAUUUAUAUUUGAGUUAUUUCCAGGUUUUGGUCAUUAGGAAUAAAGCUGCUGUGAACAUUUGGGUACGCA